CUUUAUUUACCAUUUUCGUUUGAAAACGGCAAGAAAAAGACGUCAAUUAGGAGCAACAAUUAUAAAGUGCAGCAAUAAUUGUAGUCCCCAGCCAAAAGGAUGUUCGGGAGUCUGAAGAAGAAGCUGAGCAGUGCGAUCCAGGAGGGACUGGUUAUAUCGGAGAAUCUGCAGCAGCAAUAUCGCCAGCGUGUCAGUUCCGGGAACGCGGGAAGUAGCCAGGCCAGUGGUGUUACGACCCCCACGUCCACGACUGGUCUGCCGCCGCUGAGUCUCAACGAGAGCCUGUCCUCCAGCAGGAGCAGCAGCCUCUCCCUGAGCACUGCCUUUCAGCUAACGGAUGGGAUACCAACGCAUCUGAAUGUGGCAGCGGGCUGCAGUUUGCUGGCCAAAUACGAAGAUGACUGGCAGCACAUCCAUGUGGCCAAUGAGGAGAAUGCAGAGCAGGCAGCCGCGAUUGCAGCACAGAUCGCUGGAGUCCAGCAGAAGGCCAGCAAUCAGCGCAGGGUCGUUAGUGAGCUGAACGCCAGUCUGGCGGGGAUUCCCACAUUAGUUGCCCAAUUACAGGCCAGCACGAAGGUGCUGCAAUCCUUGGAGGAUAUGGGCAAGCAGCUGGAAGUGGAGCUGGAAAAGCUAGAAGAUCUGUGCGAGGAGUGCGAGCUGCAGGAGUUCAUGCUGGAGCAGCAGUUUCAGCUGUCCCGCCACAAGCAAAAGAAACUCAACGAACUGGAGCAAUAUCGCCAGAAGGUUGCGUCGCAGCAUCAAUCCAAGAUCCAGGACCAGGAGCAGCGGCUACUAAAACUGCAAAGGGAGCGACAGGCGGUCUUUGACGAUGCCUUCCGCAACGAUAUGGAGGAGUACAAGCAACAUGGCCAGCUGACAAAAAUUCAAACGAGCGGCAACAAGUUGGCCUUGGAGGAAGUGGUUCUGGAACCCAACGAGGUGGAGGCCAAGGACGCUCUGGAGCAGUUCCUAAACGGCUGAUGGCUUCUUGAGGCUUUUAAAGUCGAAAAAGACUCCCAUUUUGUGCCUUUCAGUGCAAUUUAAAACGUUUACAACGGUCUGGCAACGCCCUGCUGCUGACAGCCUCUGCGUUUUAUAAAUUUUUUAUUACAUUAUAGCCUACUCGUUUUUAUUGUAUACAAACUUAAAAAUUACAUGACCUGUACCUACAUA